AUGUCGCAAUCUAAACAUACGGCUGCAGGCGAUUCCGGUAACGACGGGGGACCGUUAGACCACCAGGACAAUGUUCAGCAUACGGCCGGAUUUACCAGGCGUCAGCAGUUUCCGAUGCCUGAGCCGGACGAUGAUGACGACUUUGAGGACAGUGGCGAAGGUACGGAUGACGCAACCGAAGACGAGUAUGCCAGCAGUCAACACCUGGAAAUAAAGGAACAGAUGUAUCAAGACAAACUAGCUAACUUGAAAAAGCAAGUUCAAGAGGUUAAACAUCAAACGCAUGCGGAGUACAUGAGGCGUUUGCGGUUUCUACAGGAUGAGCUAGAAGAUCGCUUGGUGCUGAACGACUGCUCGCAGGACUACCAAACUAGCUGCGCUGAGCGGGACUGCAUUCUGGAGAAGAACGCCGCCUCCAAGGAGUACGAAGAGAAGAAAACGGAGCUUAAGGAGAAUGUUGUGAACGAUCUGGAGGACAGGAAGAAGAUGAUCGAGCACGAGUUCUCGACGAUGGAACUAAAUAGCGACUCCAUCGACGUUAAGCCGACUGUGACGCGCAAGCUGCGCCGCCGUCCAAACGAACCGCUACCGGUACCUGAAAAGAGGCGUAAACCGACCACCGGUCAACUAAUCUUUCUCCUCGACGACAAGGAGGUUGAGAACGAUCUGAAGCUGAUCUCGCGCGGGAAACCUAUCUCUGGUCGCUUGCAUCAGGCCAACGGUGGGGCAACGUCCGGUGGCGCCAGCAACAGUGGUGCCAGUGGCAGUGGUGGAACUGGCACCAGCGGCAGCAACAUAUCGUCCUCUGGGACGAACAGCAGUGGUGCAGGCUCGCACCAACCACUGAUGGAAACGCGUAUCGAGGACGGAAAGCUGUUGCACGAGCGUCGCUGGUUCCACCGUGGCCAGCCGGUCUUUGUGGAAGGCAAAGAUCUGUCUCGCUUUUCGGCCAACAUCUCCGCUAUCGGUAGCGAGGCGAUUUGGGUGAAGAAGACACUCGAUGGUCAAAAGGUGCGCAUCUUCUUGUCACACCUACGCCGCAAUAAGGUGUCCAUCAAGCGUCGCGCCAACUAA